AUGGAAGGCACGGUGCAGGGCGACUACAAGAACGCUGCGGGCGUGUACGAGUCGGUGAAGAACUACUAUGGGCGCGUGCUGAGCUCCACUAAGGACCUCAAGACCAGCGCCUGCUGCACCUCCAAUCGCCCGCACAAGAUUGUCCGCGAUGCCCUCGUUCAGGUGCCGGACGAGAUCACGAGUCGCUACUACGGAUGCGGCACGCCGCUGCCCUUUGGCAUCGAGGGACUGCACGUGCUCGAUCUGGGGUCCGGGUCAGGACGCGAUUGCUACGUUGCUGCGAACCUGGUGGGACAAUCGGGGUCGGUGACGGGAGUGGACAUGACGAAGGAGCAGCUCGAUGUGGCCAACGCGCACGUCGCCGAGUACACGGCCAAGCUGGGCUACGCCCGGCCCAACCUGCGCUUCGUGCAGGGCUACAUCGAGUUCCUGGCCGAGGCGGGCAUCGAGCCAGCGUCGAUGGACCUCGUCAUCUCCAACUGUGUGGUCAACCUCUCGCCCGACAAGCGCCGCGUCCUGUCCAACGUAUACGAGGUGCUCCGCGAGGGCGGCGAGUUCUACUUCAGCGACGUCUACUGCGACCGUCGCCUGCCGCCAAGCGUGCGCUCGCACGAGGUGCUGCUCGGCGAGUGCCUGGCCGGCGCCCUGUACAUCGAGGACUUCCGGCGCCUGUGUCACGCCGUGGGCUUCACCGACCCGCGUGCCCUGUCGACGUCGCCCAUCGCUGUCGACGACGAGGAGCUCAGGGAGGUGGUCGGCGAGGCGCGGUUCUACUCAAUCACCUACCGCCUGUUCAAGCUGCCCGACCUCGAGACCCUGUGCGAGGACUACGGGCAGUACGCCGUCUACCGGGGCACGAUCAAGGGCCACGCCAGCAGCUACCAGCUGGACGACCACCACCUGUUCGAGACCGGGCGGCCCGUGCUGGUGUGCGGCAACACGGCCGACAUGCUCGGGAAGACGUGGCUCGGCCCGCACUUCGAGGUGGUCGGCUCGCGCGAGCGACACUACGGCCUCUUUGGCGCGUGUGCGGCCCCCAAGGACAAGGCGUCCACCAGCGAGUUGCCCAAGGGCGGCGCGUGCUGCUGA